AUCGCUGGCGUUUAUUUGGGUAGAGGUGAAUGUGGUGAUCAGACGCGUGUGAAAGUGAUAUAUAUAUAUAUUUAUAUUACCAGGAGAGUGUCGGUGUUCUGUCUGGAUAGAAUGAAUUAAAUAGAGAGUGAGAAUGCUGAGUCUGGGACCACAUUUGAUGUUUUCCAGACCUUUGGCAGCUGCAAAGUUUCAGCCGAAUUUGCUGAAGAUCGCUACUAGUGGUUCACACAUUUCCUCUGCUCCCUCUUACAGAACCCAAGUGAAAAACAAAAAAGAGAUCAGUUUUGUGUAAGACCUCGUGUGAGAUCAUACACACACCUGAUUCGUUUUCCAUGCGUCCUUCACCUUUCUGAUGGAGAUGAUCUGGUCGGGUAUAUAAGACUCAACACACUUGUGAUACGCCACUCUCAGCUGUCUCUUGACGCCAACAUGAUCUUGAAAGUGAUAUUGUGCACCUUGUUGGCUCUUGUGGGGGCAGAAAACCUCCCGUCGACUUUUUACGGAGCACCAGCCAGAACUAGUGGAAGCUUCGGCACUUCGUCAGUUAGAAGCUCGGCAGCUGGUUUCGGAGGAACAUCAGCAGGCUUUGGGACCUCAGCUAGUGGAAUUUUUGGAGGAUCGGCCGGUGGAGCCUUCGGAGGUUCUGUUGGAGGCUCUGGAAGGCCAACUGGUGGAGCCUACGGAGGUUCUGCUAGAGGAAGCUUUGGUAGGCCAGCUGGUGGAGCCUUCGGAGGUUCUGCUGGGGGAAGCUUUGGAAGACCAGCUGUUGGAGCCUUCGGAGGUUCUGCUGGGGGAAGCUUUGGAAGGCCAGCUGGUGGAGCCUUCGGAAGCUCUGCUGGGGGAAGCUUUGGGAGGCCAGCUGGUGGAGCCUACGGAGGUUCUGGGGGAGGUUUUGGAAGGCCAGCUGGUGGAGCCUUUGGAGGCUCAGUUGGUGCAGGUUUUGGGGGAGCUGGAAGCGCAAGUUCCUUCAGUGGAGGUUACAAACCUUCAGGUCCCGUAGUCCCCAUCUUAAGAGACGACCGUCAGGGACCUGAUGCGUAUGGAAACUACAAUUUCAACUUUGAGACUGGUGAUGGCAUCAGUCGCCACGAGAAAGGUGCCCCUCAGGGUCCAACUGGCGCUGUGGCAGCUCAGGGAGGAUGGUCAUUUACUUUCCCUGAUGGAACUCCCGCUGUAUUCAACUUCGUAGCAGAUGAAGGUGGUUACCGCGUGGAGUCUGACCUGGUGCCCACGCCCCAUCCUCUUCCCGCCCACGCUAUCGCCCAGAUCGAGAAGGCUCGUCGGGAAGAUGCUGCCGCAGCUGCUGCAGGUGGACGUGGAUCAUACGGCGUUGCUUCAGGUUCCACCACUCAAUUUACUGGAGCACCUGCUGGUGGCUUUGGCGGCGCACCUGCUGGUGGCUUUGGCGGCGCACCUGCUGGUGGCUUUGGCGGCGCACCUGCUGGUGGCUUUGGCGGCGCACCUGCUGGUGGCUUUGGCGGCGCACCUGCUGGUGGCUUUGGUGGCGCACCUGGUGCUGGCUUUGGCGGCGCACCUGGUGCUGCCUUUGGCGGCGCACCUAGUGCUGCCUUUGGCGGCGCACCUGGUGCUGCCUUUGGCGGCGCACCUGGUGCUGCCUUUGGCGGCGCACCUGGUGCUGCCUUUGGCGGUGCACCUGGUGCUGCCUUUGGCGGUGCACCUGGUGCUGGCUUCGGAAGCCCAAGUCGUGGUGGCUCUCCUGCGGCUCCCAGUAGACUUUACGGCGCCCCAUAAGCAGUGACCCCAUAAUUCUCCUGUCAUUCAUUAGAAAUUUUCUCGCUUGAAACCUCAUUGAUUUGUGUGAUGACUUUCAUGUGUCAGUAACGCUAAGUUAGUUUUUAUCUUAAGUUACAUCUUCUGCCGUCGCUCGGACAAUACGCUUAUUACUCUUACUUUUACGUAUUUAGUAAAAAUAAAAU